ACCCACGAAGCUAUAGAGAAUUUUUCUAAGUGGGCCCCGAAAACGAUUGGUAAACCGCGUUGCCGGCUGAAAUGGAGAGUGAUAAGGAAGUCAACUUUGUGGAAGUUGCAGUAAUCGGAGCUGGACUAAGUGGUUUGUUCGCUGCCCGGGUUCUUCACAAGGAGUAUGGUGUCAAGGUUGUUGUUCUUGAGGCAAGAGACCGCGUUGGCGGGCGUACUUUUACUGAAACGGACCCCAGUUUUGGUUACUGUGAUUUGGGUGGAGCCUAUGUAUGUGAAACUCAGACCAGACUGCUGAAACUUGCCCAGGAGCUAGGAGUAGAAACAUAUCAAGUUUACAGUCAGGGACAAUCUGUGGAACAUUAUUUGGGUAAAAGAAUUACUAAGCAAGGAGCCCUUCCUUCUAUGGGGUCCAUAUUAGGUGCCUUAGAUGUUAACAACUUCUGGCAGCUCCUGGACAAAAUGGCCAAACAAGUUCCUCUGGAGGAUCCUUGGAAUGCCCCUUGUGCUUUAGAAUGGGAUACGAUGACUGUCAAACAGCUGAUUGAUCAGAAGUGUUGGACAAGGUAUGGAAAGGCUGCAGCUGCUGCAUAUGUGCAAGGAAUUCUCACUUCAGAGCCACAUGAUAUCUCUCUGUUGUUUUUCUUGUGGUAUCUGCAUUCUGGAGGAGGGACAAAACGAAACAUUGAAUUUGAAGCAGGAGGGGGGCAGGAAAUGAAAUUCUGUGGAGGCUCUCAGACUGUUAGUAUGAAAAUGGCUGAACAUCUUGGUGAUAGAGUGAAAUUAAACAGCUGUGUUGUGUGUAUUGAAGAGUGUGAUGAUCAUAUUAAAGUGAAAUGUGCAGAUGGAACAGAAUAUAGGGCUUCAUUUGUCAUCAGCUCAGUUCCUCCAGCUUUGCUCGGAAAGAUCAGCUUCAAUCCUCCUCUUCCACCUCUAAAAAAUCAGGCAAUUCAAAGAAUUCCUAUGGGAUCCAUUAUCAAGACAAUUACCUUCUAUGAUCGGCCAUUUUGGAGAGAGAAAGGUCUCGCAGGUUAUUUUAAUUCGGAUGAAGGUCCAGUUGAAGAAGGUUACGAUGAUACUAAACCAGAUAACAGUCAUCCGGCCAUUAUGGGGUUUAUACUGGCGGAUAAAGCGCGACAGACAACAACUCUUAACAAAGAGGAAAGACAGAAACUAGUUUGCGAGCAAUAUGCCAGAAUAUAUGAUACCUCAGAGGCACUGGAGCCAGUGUUGUAUCUAGAGAAGAACUGGAUGGCGGAUGAGUUUUCUGGAGGCUGCUAUGUUGGAACUUUUCCUCCUGGGGUGUUAACUGCUUACGGAAAAGUUUUGAGAAUGCCUUUUGGUCGAGUGCAUUUCGCUGGAACGAUCACGGCGACACUUUGGGCCGGUUACAUGGAAGGUGCGAUAGAGUCUGGGGAACGGGCUGCUGUGGAGGUGCUAUGCAGACUUGGUAAGAUAGCAGAAAGUGAAACUAGAAAACGACUUAAGUUAGAGGGUUUGGAAUCUAAGUUUUUAGAGUUUUCAUUUAUGGAGAAGCACUUACUACCAUCUGUGCCCACCUUGUUGGCUUGUUCCUCUCUGCUCAGUGGGGCGGUUGUUCUCUCAAUACUUUGGUGGAAAUAUUGUUUAAAGUAAAACUUGUCUAAUUCAGUUAAAUAACUGUGAAAUGGUCUUCAAUUUGGAGAGAUUUGAGCCCAUAUUUGGUAUUUUGUUUGAGAAGCUUAGGUCCCACUGGGGUAAAAAGUUGAGAACAAAACUAUCUCUACCCUUGCUAGUGUUCUAUUUGUUUACCAAGAAUUUUAAGUGCUGACAAUUUAGCAAAGAAAUCUGGAGAAAGUUUUGAUGUUUCAAGGCCUGAACACCUCAGCAGUUGUCAAGUGAGGACACCAAACAAAUAUGUGCAAUAUUAAUAGCCAGUGAGGGUUCAGCACGGGAGUAAACAGAACUGGCAUAACGCUCGCAACGCAUGAUGCACAACGUAUAACGCAAGUGACCGUGUCCUAGUUGGUUUUGCUUACAUCUGAUCAGUUGCCUAGUAGCUUAAAGUUUAUUCAUUGUAGUAAUAUUUUCAAUUAACUUGGGAAAUUCGAUUAAAAGCCUCUGUGAAGAUUCGACGAGAAAUUGAUUAGUGUAGAUUGUAAUACCCAAUAUUCGGACCUAUAGACAAGUUGAUUUACUGUAAAAGAGGAAAAAACAGUGACUUAGAGAAAGAUGUUUUUCGUCUUGUCACGAGCGUGGGACAAAGAAAAAAAUUCUGAGUCCCCAUGAGGAAUCGAACCUCAGACCUUCGGCUUCCGCGCUCCGAUACUCUAGUACUGAGCUACAGAGACUUAAAGGUGAGCGAGGUCUAUUACGAAGUUCAUAUGACAUGCGUCCUGCAUACUGCGAGGAUCAGCAAUGUUGAUAGCGUCAUGUUUGUCCCACACUCGCGACAAGACGAAAAACAACUUUCUCUAUUUCUUUGCCGAGCUCAAAACUUACCAUCUGCCUUAUUCUAUUGAUAAUGACUUAUUUUCUAAUUAUUAUCGUUUGUUCUUCAUUGUUAUUAUAGUUUCUAUAUAGUAAGCUAUGAAAAAACUUUUAUUCAGUAACAAAGAUUACAAUUCGAAUAUCAGACAGGGGCUUCGAUACAAAGAUAAUGUACCCUAAGCUUGGGUCGGAUAAUGUAGUCUAAGCUUGAGUCAGGUUCGUUUAGUGUGGUCACGAGCCAAAACGCAAGCGCGCGAAGAAAAGCGAGGUUAGGUCGCUCCUUAACAACCAAAGCCUCUAUUGCCUGCGAAACGGCCGCCCCUUCGCUGAUCUUCUCCGACUGACAGCUUGAAAGAGGUUACGUUUGAGGUUAGGCAUGAGUUGCUAUGGUAGUUUUUGAGGGGACCCGAUGAGGGUUUUUCUGAAAUCUUAAAAUAUUUUACUCAAACUUUGAUUGUAUCGUAGAGGCCCUUACCGCUCAAUACAGGUUCCACAGGAAGGGUAUCCUAACAAAUCGAUAUAAAACGUCACUUUAUGCCAUAAUUGACCACUUAAUUUAUAAAAAGCCGCUCGAUAACACUACUAACAUUGAUUUCGGGAGAUAAAUAUGGAUUAAACUUUACGUGAAAGAUUAUUAGUUUUAUCAGAGUGA